UAUGGAAUCUAUGAGCGCUGCAGAGAGCUAGUGGAAGCAGGCUAUGAUGUGCGACAGCCUGACAAAGAGAAUGUUACUCUGCUUCACUGGGCUGCCAUCAAUAAUAGGAUAGAUCUUGUGAAGUUCUACAUAUCGAAAGGUGCUAUAGUAGAUCAACUUGGUGGAGAUUUAAAUUCUACUCCUCUGCAUUGGGCAACAAGACAGGGGCAUUUGUCUAUGGUUGUACAGCUGAUGAAGUAUGGUGCUGACCCCUCAUUAAUUGAUGGAGAAGGUUGCAGUUGUAUUCACUUAGCUGCUCAAUUCGGACAUACGUCUAUUGUUGCAUAUCUCAUAGCUAAGGGACAGGAUGUUGAUAUGAUGGAUCAAAAUGGAAUGACUCCCUUAAUGUGGGCAGCUUACAGGACACACAGUGUGGAUCCCACUAGAUUGCUCCUUACCUUUAAUGUGUCUGUAAAUCUUGGGGAUAAAUACCAUAAAAACACUGCAUUACACUGGGCUGUUUUAGCUGGAAACACUACAGUCAUAAGUUUGCUUCUAGAUGCUGGUGCCAAUGUUGAUGCUCAGAAUAUUAAGGGAGAGUCACCACUUGAUUUGGCAAAGCAAAGA